AUCGCGAACGUUGCGGUUAGAAAAUCGCAAAUGCAAUUAAUCGUUCAGCCCUACAAUUAAUAAUUUUUCUCUUCAUGCUAGCGUGAAACAUGAAAUAAAAGUGCGUGUCUAACGCCAGAAGUGGGAGAACCCUGCAAUUGGCAACUCUGCAUACGUGCCAUGCUUCCUCCACAGUGUCAAAGAAAAUAUGGACUUGAGCAUUUAUGACUUUGUGUUUAAUAAGACAGUAAUUUCUCUCCAUACGCAGCUCACUGUACAAGGUUGUGCCCCUGUCUACUGGACAGCUUGGAGAGAAAGAGGAUAUGUUCCAGAAUGUUCUAUCUCAGGUGGCCGAGCAGUUCAGCAAGGCUUUCCGAAUCAAUGAGCUGAAAACAGAGGUGACCAACAGGCUGGCCAUGCUUGAAAAGAGAGUGGAGUUGGAGGGCCUGAAGGUGGUAGAGAUUGAGAAGUGCAAGAAAGAUCUCAGGAAACUCCGUGAUGAGAUGACCUCCAGAGGAGGUGGAAGGGCGAACUGCCCGUGCAGGUACAACUUCCCAGAUGAUGGGAAGAAGCCAAACGCUCGCCGUGACGUUCCCAGCUAUCCAAAGUACACGCUUUCCCGGGAGACCAUUGAGGCACUGAAAAAGCCCACCUUUGAUGUCUGGCACUGGGAACACAAUGAGAUGCUGAGCUGCUUGGAGUACAUGUUCCAGGACCUGGGGCUGGUGAAGGAGUUCAACAUGAACCCCAUCACUCUGAAGCGCUGGCUGCUAGCCAUCCAGGAGAACUACAGGAACAACCCCUUCCAUAACUUCCGCCACUGCUUCUGUGUCAGCCAGGUGAUGUACGGCAUGAUCAACCUCUGCAACCUGCAGGAGAAGCUGACUUUGACAGACUUGGGAGUUUUGAUGACGGCCGCUGUGUGUCACGACCUAGACCACCCAGGCUACAACAACACGUAUCAGAUAAACGCGCGUACGGAGCUGGCUGUGCGCUAUAACGACAUCUCUCCUCUGGAGAACCAUCACUGCGCCGUGGCCUUCCAGAUCCUGUCGCUGCCCGAGUGCAACAUCUUCGCCAACGUGGAGCCUGAGGCCUACAAGCAGAUCCGCCAGGCCAUCAUCACCUUGAUCUUAGCCACAGACAUGGCGCGGCAUGGCGAGAUACUGGACUCUUUCAAGCACAAAGUGGACAACUUCGACUUCACUAACGAGGAGCACGUCAUAUGCUUGAAAAUGGUCCUGAUCAAGUGCUGUGACAUCUCUAAUGAGGUGCGGCCGACGGAGGUGGCCGAGCCGUGGGUGGACUGCCUGCUUGAGGAGUACUUCAUGCAGAGUGACAGGGAGAAGUGCGAGGGCCUUCCGGUGGCUCCCUUCAUGGACCGGGACAAAGUCACCAAGCCGACCGCUCAGAUAGGAUUCAUCAAGUUUGUUCUGAUCCCCAUGUUUGAGACAAUUAUGAAGCUCUUCCCUCAGAUAGAGGAGAUCAUGGUACAGCCUCUGAGGGACUCACGUGAUCACUACGAGGAGCUCAAGCAGAUCGAUGACGCCAUGACCGAGGGAUCUCAUUUUCUAAUGCGAUUCCAAAGCGGAAAGCGGCUGUCCGUUUAAGACUUGUCUUGUCCUGUGGCACCAGUGCGAGCCUGAAGGGGGCGCCACGCCUGAGCGCCCACCCAGGGACUGAACUAGUGGGGACCCAAUCCCCUCCACGGGCACACCAGGGAGACGUCACCUUUCUCUGACCUGUCUUUGACCUCUGACCGGUCUUUGACCUGAUUUACUCUGCUACUGAACCUCAGAAAAUCAAUGGAAACUUCCCCACAUUUGACAUAUUUGACAAACUCCAGUAGCGUUAACCUGCAAUUACUGGAUUUGUUGAUGAAAACUGUAGUACCUGUGUUUUAAGCAACAACAAUAGUCUACACGGACUAUAAUCUCUCAACAUUUGUGACAAAUAUGUAGUCCCCUGAUCAGUCACUUCAGUGAGUAGCCUAACUCUCACUUAAUUUACCUUUCAUUUGUGACAAAUACAGUAUGUAGUCAGUAGACCAUGAGUAGAUCAGUCACUUCACUGAGUAGCCUAACUCUCACUUGAUAUAUCUUUCAUUUGUCAGAUGUUCUGUCAAAGCAUUUGAAUGAUAUUUUAUUUUCACAUUAAUUUUUAAAUCUAUAUACUGAAUUAUGACAACAAUCAUGCAUCUGUUUUUUUUAUUAAUCAACAUCUGUACUGUUAAGUAUUGGCCAAGCUCUUGUUCUUUUGAUGGUUAUGAAUUAUACUGAUGAUGAUUUACAGUAUAUUAGUAGAGCACAAACACUAUUUAUAUGUAUUUGAAUUAUUUAAUCACACUCCUAACUAUCUCUUUAUCUAAGAAAGGAAAUUAGGGAAAAGUAUUUUUAGGCAGUUCAGUCGCCAUCAUCCGUUUUCUAUAAUUACCUUUUUUUUCCCUAGGCCUAAAGGCAGAGUAUAUAAAUCAGAUGUUUGUACAUGUGUGGCAUUAUGUGAAAGCAGAGCAUUAUUGAACCCGGUGUGCUGUUGACUGAGUGCCUGUUGCAUGCACGCAGCCUUAGGUAUCCCCCAGCCUGUUAAUUAAGUGGUGGAGCCGUGGAGCACGAACACUGCUCUGGGCUGCCAGAGAAGCAUGUUGCUACAGGGGCUUAUUUACGUGGUCUGUGCCACCCAGGCUGCUAAUUAAAUUGGGGGGUGAGAAAUGAAACGUUUGCGCAGCUUUAUUACCCAUUUACCCUCACGCCCAGCGCUGUGCCAGAGAUAAAGAUGUCUCUGUCACGACAUCGGAUGCAGGACCAGGGCAUGUUGACUGCAGCGUUCAGUCAUAUUGUUAAAAGUAGCGUGACCAGGGCCUGUUGACUACAGCGCUCAGUCAUAUUGUUAAGAGUAGCGUGCAUCUAUGAAAGUUUUGAGACCUCAGAGUCCAUUCAUUUCAAAUGCAGGUUGGACAAUAGAGAACUUUUUACAUGAACUUUUACUAGACUACUGUCACUUUGUUAUAAGAAGUAUCUGUAGACUUGUUGUGCCCUCUCAGGGUAGGGAUUACUCGUUUUAAAUGCAGGGUGGAUGACUAAGAACUUUUAACAAGACCUUUUACAAGAGUUCUCUUCCGCUUUGUCUAAAGUAGCAUCUAUGAACCUUUUGGGCUUUCUUGGAAUCAUGUUAAAUGUAGGCUAAAGACUUUCACUAGAAUAUCCUGUCAUGAUGAUACAAGUAGGAUCAUCCUCUGCCCAAUACAGUAUGUGAGCUUUAUAUUUUGGUAAGCCAGGUGUUUUCUCUCUUUAAUUCAAAUCACAGCCUUCUUCAAUGUGAAUAAUAGUGAUCCACUGCUGUCUUUGCUGACUUCACAUGAGGGAACCUACGGAUUUAAUUGUGAAUAAUAGUGAUCCACUGCUGUCUUUGCUGAGUUCACAUGAGGGUCUGACGACAUUUGCUUCAAACAAUGUGAGCAUCUUCAUUUAAUUUCAUUGCAUUGUCAACUUUAACACUUUACAUGUAAGAACAUGCUUAUGUACCAACAUGCUCAUACUGUGUGUCGAUUUUUGUAGUUUGUUUAUGAAUAUCAAUUGAAUAAAACAUUAUGA